UCCCCCCACAGUUUAAGGCUUUAAACAUUUUAGGCCGCGGGAACUCUCGCUCUCUCUCUCUCUCAUCACAAGCACUGCCGGAACCAUAUAGACAGUCACUGAAACUUGAGUUUGUGUUAAAAUGUCUUUCUUUACCAUGUCAAUUCUACAGAAUAGUUUGCUUCCUUCUAAGUCCAUCCCUGACAUUUCAUUCUCUCGUAGUCAUAAGCUCAACAUCUUCCACCACCACCACCACACACCCACUUCCAAACUUCAACCUCCAACGGCCACGACCGACUUAAACCAAAGAUACACACAAGCCCAUCUUACUUCAAUCGCCAACAGAACCACCAACCAUGUUAAUUCAAGCUCAGAAAUCAAUGACACUGACAUUGCUCACUGUCUUUCUCUACUGAACACUGACUGCUUGUCUGAUAUAAGACAAGUCCAUGCUCAAGCUUUGAAGCUGAACGCUUUUGAAUCAAAUAGUUUGAUUGGAAACAAGCUGACCAUUUUGUACUCAAAGAAUAAGGAGUCUCUAAAAAUUGCACUCAAGGUGUUUGAUAAUAUUCCUGAAAGAACAGUAUCUGCUUAUGCCGCGUUGAUAAGGGCGUUUUGUCGGUUGGAGCAAUGGGAAGAACUUUUUUCAGUGUUUGGAUCGAUGAUUGAUGAGGGUAUGCUCCCUAAUAAAUACUUGGUGCCCACAAUUCUUAAAGCAUGUUCUGCGAUGGAAAUGUUUAGGAGUGGUAAAAUGAUUCAUGGUUAUGUGAUUAGGAAGGAAUUGGAGUCGGAUGUUUUUGUUGGAAAUGCACUUAUUGACUUGUAUGCAAAUUGUGCCGAUUUGAGACUAUCAAGAAAUGUAUUUGAUUCGAUGAAGGAACGAGAUGUAGUUUCAUGGACUGCCCUUAUUUCGGCUUGCAUGGAUGAAGGCUAUUUGGAUGAGGCAAUGGAGAUUUUUCAUUCCAUGCAGUUAAAUGGAGUGAAUCCUGAUUUGAUUUCUUGGAAUGCACUUGUAUACGGCUUGGCAAGGAAUGGAGAGAUUGCUUUGGCCCUUUUAACUUUGGAAGAGAUGCAAGAAAAAGGGCUCAAGCCGAGGGUUAAUUCUUGGAAUGGAAUCAUCUCUGGGUGCGUUCAAAAUGGAUAUUUUAAAGAUGCUUUGGAUGCAUUCAGUAAUAUGUUAUGUUUUCCUGAGGAUCCAAAUUCUGUUACAAUUGCGAGUAUCCUACCAGCCUGUGCAGGCUUAAAGGAUCUGAAUUUAGGCAGGGCUGUUCAUGGAUAUGCUCUGAAAUGUGAGCUUUGUGGAAAUGUUCAUGUGGAAGGAUCGUUAAUUGAUAUGUAUGCCAAAUGUGGUAGGAUUGAUUAUGCAGAAAAAGUUUUUGUCAAGGUGGAGAACAGGAACACUGCUAUGUGGAAUGAGAUGAUUGCAGCUUAUGUGAAUGAGAGAAAAAUGAAGGAGGCAUUAGAGCUUCUUAGACUGAUGAAAAAGGAUGGCUUAAGACCUGAUGUGAUAACUUACAACACACUACUUGCUGGGAAUGCAAGAAAUGGGCAAAUGAAAGAGACAUAUGAUAUGCUGUAUGAGAUGAUCCGGAUGGGCUUGAAGCCAGAUAUAGUAUCUUUUAAUGUUUUGAUUUCUGGUUUUCAACAAUCUGGACUUAGUUAUGAAGCUCUGAAAUUGUUCCAGAUCAUGCAAUCCAAUGGUUGCUUUCUUAAUCAGGUGCUCGUGGCAACUAGUCCAAAUGCUGUCACAACCACUGGUGCUCUUGCAGCUUCUGCUGAUCUAAAUUUAUUGAAACAAGGGAAGGAAAUCCAUGGAUAUGCAUUGAGGAAUGGGUUUGAGUCUAAUAUCUAUGUUUCGAGUGCCUUGAUUGACAUGUACAUGAAAUGUCAUAAUAUGGAUUUGGCAACUCAAGUAUUCAGGAGAUUAGAGAACAGAAACACAAUUUGUUUGAAUAUUUUGAUUGCUGGCCACGUCAGUAAUGCACAGCUAGAAGAGGCUCUUGAACUUUUCAAUGAGAUGCUGCUAGAAGGCCUCAAACCUAGCUCAAUUACAUUUUUUAUUCUUCUCCCUGCCUGUGGUGAUAUGGGAGCUCUUAGAGUUGGGAGAGAACUACAUGGCUACAUCAUAAAGAAUCAGUUUGUUGAUGAUUCGAACAGUUCUCUUGCAAGUGCUUUAAUUGGCAUGUACGCCAAGUGCAGUAGCAUUGUGGAGGCUAAAUCAGUGUUUGACUCUGGAGUUGUAGAAGAUGGUUCUCUAUGGAACUCUAUGAUCUCUGCUUAUUUGAUUCAUGGAAUGGACAAGGAUGCCAUUGCCUUAUUUAAACAAAUGGAGUUAAUGGGAAUUGAACCUGACCAUACCUUUUCUGCACUUCCGUCAGCUUGUGCUCAUGAUGGUCUAGCAGAAGAGGCACGGAAAUAAUUAGUUUUGAUGGAGAAUAGGUUUGGGAUCACUGCUGAUUUAAAACAUUUCACAUGCAUUGCUGGUAUUUUGGGUGGUGCUGGUUGAAUUCAUCAUACAAUUGCCAUAUGUACCUGAUUGUUGUAUCAGCGGACUACACUUAAAGAGCUGAAUUAGCCCCCUGAUAACAGAGAAUGGUUAUGGUCGUAUGCCCCUACAGACCGUCUCUUCAGGGAUGCAGGAAUCGGCUCCUACAGUGAUGAGCUUUGUUAGGGCCCCUGCCUAACUUUAUAAAUGUAGAUGCCCUAGAUAUUGUAAACUUAAAAUAACUACUAGGCAGCGAAAGGGAGAGUGACAGACGUUUUUCCUUUGACCCAGUUUUGAGAAUGAAAAUGGUCCGAGCCAUUCUCUUGCUUGCACACUGAGACGGUGGUCAUGUUUUGGCACUAACUCUUCUACCGUUCACCAUCCUAUUGCCUAAACAAAAAGAAUGGUUUUAACUCACAUGUUUAUCUUCUCUUUCUUCCCCCCUUGCCCCAAAAGACUUCCUUUACCACUCCAUGUGGAUGAGCACCUUAAAAUGAAGAGAGAACAUUCAAAGUCCAUAUGAAACUAAGUCUGAGAGAAGUAUAGAAUGUUUUAGCAAAGCUGGCAGCACAAACAAAAUGGGAAAGGGUGAAUUAAAAUUUUCCUAUAAAGAAUAAUAGGUCAACACAUGAAUGUUCUCGAAGAUACAAAUUGAGUCAGUGCCGCCUUCUGAAAACAAAAGUAUGUGAAGUACCUGGAUGUGGCAAAUCAAAACAAACUUGUAAAGCCUGGAUGCCAAGGACUACAUUUGUGUUGGCAUAAGAUAAGUAUAAUAUAACAAUGUUCAAAAAGGCUUCACAAGCUGAUGGAAAGAUCAGG